UCAGCCUGACCUGUUUGAGGUCCAGUAAGGAGGCUGGUGUGGACCAGCAGAUGAAUUAAGAGGGAGAUGAUCUGGAAGGGCCCCGUGGUCACAGUGAGGCCUCUGGCUUUGACUCACAGAUGCCUGAGGGCCACUGUAGAGUUGUGUGGACUGAGGUUCUCAUGGAAUUGCUCUGGCUUUUGUGUUGAGAAUAGACUAGAGGGAUGAGGGUGGAAGCAGGAGACCUGUCAGGAGGCUGGUGAAAUAAUCACAUGGGAGUUGCAGCUUGGGUGAGGGUAGCAGUGAAGGAAGUGAUAAAUGGUCGGAUUCUGGUUUUAUUUUGAAAGUUGAACCAACAGGAUUUCCUGACAGUUGGUGGAUGGAAGAGAAAGAGGAGUCAAGGAUGACGCCAAGGUUCCUGGCCUAGGCAACGGGAAGGAUGGAGCUGUCAUCAGCUCUGGGUGGAGCAGAAUUCAGUGUUGUCACAUUGAGUUUGAGAUAUGCAAGUGGGACCUCUGUCAGAGUGAGGCGGAGUUCCAAGGGGGGGGGGUGGCUAGGCUGUGGGCUUAGAUGUUGUUAUGACCAUGUAGGUGGUGGAAGCCCGUGGGCCAGGCGGGGAGGCCAGGCCAGUGGCUACACUAGCUGGGGAGAUGGCCUUCCUGCAUUGGGCUCACUCAAGGACCACAUCUGGAGCCCCCGGCCUUAGGGCUUCCUGACUCAGUCCCCAAGCCAGUCUUUGCUUUGGCCCAGAACUUGCAGGAAAAAGGCCUAUCAGAGCCCCAACAAUUCACAGGCAGCUUUGAGUGUGUGUCUGGAAAAUCACGGAGUCACAGCAUCCACUUCAGAUAUAAAGAGCAGAGAACCAGAAUUGCUUGGAGAAAAAAAUCAAAUACAAAAAUAUCUGCUAAAGGCCAAUUGGGGAAGAGAAUGGCAGGAACAAGGGGAGAGAUAACGAGGACAGGGCAGAGAGAAAGACAGACAGGUGGGCAUUGGCUUCUUCGGCAGGGCCCACAUCCUGGCAGGGGCACAGACGGUCACUGGGAGGAGGUGGUAGGGGUGCUGACAUGUAGCCCUGUUGCCCAGAGGAAGAAACAGUCUCAGAAAGUCCCUUGGGGGUUUGGGGAACAGCCAGUAACCAAGGCAAGGGCCCCACUUCUUCCCAGGCACCAAAGUGAGCCAGCCACUGGCCAUUUGCCUUUUUCUUAAUUUCUGAGCCCGUUUGCCCAUCCAUGACACGGGUCAUGUGGGGCAGGGAUGGGCUGUGAGCACUCUGGCUGCCUGGUGGAGCUGGAGCCUGCAUCAGCGCCUGGCCCCUUCAUGCUCUUGUCUCUUCAUUCAUUUCUCCAUUUUCAGUGACUAAGCUAGCCCUUUGUAAGAGCAUGCGAUGUGCCAGGCUCUGCUGUAUUAACUCACUGAAUCCUCAUUGGGACUCUGUGAGGUGGGUGGCCCUGUUAUCCCAUUCUACAGAUGAGGAAAUUGAGGCAUGAAGAGGUUAAGUGACUUGCUCAAGGUCACACAGAGGUAAUUCUGAGAUCUAAACCCUUGGAAUGAUCAGAGACUCCAGGCUGUAGAGGUGGGUGCUGGAGCCAUAAGACCGGCUUCAGAUCCCAUGCUUUUCACGGCUGUUACACAGCAAGGUGCUUUGCUUUUCUGAGCCUUAGUCUCUAACCUAAGGUGGAGAUGAUAGUACCCACCUCUUAGGGCUCUGCGGGGCCCUCACCUGUGGAUGGCACCUGUGAUGCAUGCCGAUUGUUACCCUGCAGGCGCUUUGCCCUGUCCACCAAGAUUCCUGACACCAAAGGUUGCCUGCAGUGUCGUGUGGUGCGGAACCCCUACACAGGCAGCACCUUCCUGCUGGCUGCCCUGCCCACCAGUCUGCUCCUGCUGCAGUGGUAUGAGCCGCUACAGAAGUUCCUGCUGCUGAAGAACUUCUCCAGCCCCUUGCCCAGUCCAGCAGCGAUGCUGGAGCCACUGGUCCUGGAUGGAAAGGAGCUACCGCAGGUGUGUGUGGGGGCCGAGGGCCCUGAGGGGCCUGGCUGCCGUGUCCUGUUCCAUGUCCUGCCCCUGGAGGCCGGUCUGACACCUGAUGUACUCAUACCACCUGAGGGGCUCCCAGGCUCGGCCCAGCAGGUGAUCCAGGUGGACAGGGACACAGUUCUAGUCUGCUUUGACCGCUGCGUGAGGAUUGUCAACCUGCUGGGCGAGCCUACAGCCACACUGGCUCCUGUGCUGACCUUUGACUUCCCCAUUGAGACUGUGGUAUGUCUGCAGGACAGCGUGCUAGCCUUCUGGAGCCAUGGAAUGCAAGGCCGCAGCCUGGACACCAAUGAGGUGACCCAAGAGAUCACAGAUGAGACGAGAGUCUUCCGAGUGCUUGGGGCCCACAGAGACAUCAUCCUUGAAAGCAUUCCCACCGACAACCCUGGGGCUCACAGCAACCUCUACAUUCUCACGGGCCAUCAGAGCAGUUACUGAGCAGUCCAGGCCUAGCCAGUGGCACCCUCCCCCCAUGCCUUAGCUGCAGUCCAUUUUAGGCAAAGGGGCCCCUCCCAGAUCAGUGGAGCCCAGGCCCCAGCUCUGCUGGGCCAAAAAGCAGUAAUAAUCCUGAGAAGUUUUGGGUUGUGGAGGGGAGGAGAGCCCUUUCCACACCCCUGCAAUAACUGGACCAGAGGAAGCUGCUGUCACCUCCCCCUCCCCUUCCAGCAGCCCAGGCCCUAGUGCCCCGUGGCAGAGGCCCUGGGUAGGGUGGGGGCAGGCCUUGGGUGAUCCAUUCCAUUUUGUUCCACAUUUCCUUUCCAUUCUUCCUGCCAAAAGCCUGCCCCUGCACCCUGUCUGGGAACAUAUUUAAAAGAGAGAACUAUAUUGGUAUUAAAGCUGGUUUGAUUUUAUUCCACUGGUCCUUGUGGGUCAGGGGGGAGCUGAGCCCACUGCCUCAUUUUCCUUCUCCACCCCCUCCCUCCAGCACAUCUUUCUGUGGCACCAGUGCUGAGGAUGCACCAUGGAAGGGAAGGCCCCCAGUGUUGUGGUGGCUCCCUCAUGGGGGUGCCAAGCAUCAGUAAUGGGGAGGUCAGUGUUCCCAGAAGGCACCUCGGGACACUGUCUUUCUGGGUUCCCUUGCUCAGGAUGAGCCCUUAGCUUUGUAGUGUGGCCAAGGGGUCUUGUAUAUGGGAGUCCCUUCAAUAAAGGGACUCUCAUCUGGGGCAGCCCUGCCCCAUAUAGGAUCUUACCAGGCAGCCAGGGUCCAGGAGGGGCCAGCCAAGGACUGCUCCACCCAGCCCCAGGGAGGCCUCUGGAGAUAGCCUGCCAUGACCUGUAUUUCCUGCCCACUCCUGGGGCUGCCUCCCUGCCUCCCACCUGCUGCCUAGGUAUCAGUGUGCUAGGUCAGGCCAGACCUACUGAAUGCGGGCACCAUCAUCAGGCUAAACUCUAGUCAGAUUAGCCUGAGUCCAUUUAACAAGUAUUCCCCAAAGGGCUUCCUCAGUGCCAGGCCCUGGGCUCACAGAGGGGCCACUACCAAAAUGUGGACCAGCCUCAAGUGAGGGAAGCUGUUCUUGCUGGAGCCUGCACCUUGAGGGCACAUCCAUCCAUCCAAGGCUGCAUUGUCAUUUGCCCAGGUUUCCCAAUUAGAGGGCUCCCUACCCUAGAGAGCCUCCUAUUGCCCCAGGCACUGACCAGGCUGCUCUUGACCAGAGCCUUUGGGCAAGUGAGGCCAAGGACAUAAGAUGGCAACUGGCCUCGAAGGAGGGGUUUGGUGCAUAGGCAGGACCAGGACUGCAGGGGGUGGGGAGGCCCUGGGUCUGGGGAAGAGUUUGGCCCAACCAACUCCCUCUGAUAUUCAAGGCAAGUGUUAAGAAGAACUUCUCUACACCUGGUGGGCUGUUGAGAAAUAUUUGAUGAGUGAGUGGUGGGUAGAUGGCAGCUUAUGUGAAGAGCCUACAGCAGUCCAGUCCUUAGGGCUCCAGGCAAUCCAUGGGUGUCAUAUUGUCCCCUUGUCCACACUCUAGCAGAGCCCUAGGUGCUCUGACUUCUAGUGACUGGGUUUCUCAGCUGAAAUGGGGGUCAGACCAGAAGACGCAGCCCCUGUGCACUGGGCACUCUUGGCUGUGUCCUGAGACCCAAAGGAGAGUGAGAGGGACCUUCCAAGUUCUAAAGGUUUGUCUGCCCCUGCUUAGAGAGCAUUUGAUAGGCCAGAUGGUGGGGUGACAGGGAUAUGCUUCCUAACUUUCAAUUUUCUAGAUUUCUUGACGGAGGUAUAGGAUUAAACCAAGGAGUUCCAGCAGUGGGAGUCAAGCCUCAAAUCAGCAGAGGCCCCUGACCCCAAGUAUCCAGGGAGGACUGAUCUGCCCAAGCUGCAGACAGUUCCACCUUGUCGCAGGUUUCCCCAGCCCCAGGCUGCCACCCUUGUCUGAAAAGGGGGCUGAGGGUGGGGCUGUCAGAGUGUAAUGUGCCAAAGUGGGGGGACUGGGAAAAGCAAGGGCCUCUGGUAAAAUAUUUGCUGAUAGCAAAGGCUAGCCACAAGCCAAAGAAAGAUCAAGAAAUAUACACUGAAAGACUAAAAUUAUUUUAUUUAUGUAUUUUUAAUAGGUAGCCCUUGCUACUUACUUGUAUUUAAAAAAAAUACAAAAUAGAUACUAUAAAAAGUCUCCCACCCAGGCCCCACUUACUUAUGAACCCUUCUAGAAGUAUUUAAGCAGUCAGGUAUGCUUCAUUCUUCCUCCUUUUUAUACCACAGUAACAUUGCACACACUGCCCUUUAAAAUCUGUCCUGGUGCCCUGGCCAGUGUGGCUCAGUUGGUUGGGCAUUGUCCCGCACACAGAA